GGAGGAAACACGCGCGAGCGAGCCGACAAGCACCGACAACCGCACGUUGGACAUUACGCGCAGACCUCCGCGGACACCGCCGGACUCCACGCGCUCUACUCCCCGCCGCCGGCGCACAAUGCUCCCGGUGUACCGGCAGCUGGUCCGCCUGCUGCUCGCGCUCAGCAGCCUGCAGCAGCUCGCGGAGGGCUGCUCGUGCGCCCUGUCGCACCCGCAGGACGCCUUCUGCAACUCCGACAUCGUGAUUCGAGCUAAAGUCGUGGGCAAGAAGCUUCUGAGGGACGGACCUUUUGGAACGAUGCGCUACACGGUCAAGCAGAUGAAGAUGUACAAAGGGUUUGACAAAGUGCAGCACGUGCAGCACAUCUACACGGACGCCUCCGAGAGUUUGUGCGGCGUGAAGUUUGACAUCAACAAGUACCAGUACCUGAUCACAGGUCGGGUGUACGAUGGCAAGGUCUACACGGGCCUGUGCAACUUCAACGAGCGGUGGGAGCGCCUCUCGCUGGCCCAGAAGAAGGGCAUCAACCACCGCUACCAGCUGGGCUGCAACUGCAGGAUCAAGCCGUGCCACUACCUGCCCUGCUUCGUCACCUCCAAGAACGAGUGCCUCUGGACGGACAUGCUGUCCCACUUUGGCUACCCCGGCUACCAGGCCCGGCACUACGCCUGCAUCGAGCAGAAGGAGGGCUACUGCAGCUGGUACCGGGGCAUGGCGUCCCGCGACAAGAAGAACGCCAUCAACGCCACCGACCCCUGAACGUCGACCCCCCCCCCCCGAGCCUAAAGACCCGACUCCGCCCCAUCGCUCCUCGAGAGCUCCGGGACUCUUUGGGCUCAUUCGACUGGGCGAACGCCUCUUUCAACGCGGUAAAACACCACCUCCAUGACAGUGCCUGCUUCGUAGCACUUCUGAUAGAAAACAAAGCCUUUUUGUUGUUGUUGUGCAGCUCGCCCCGUUGAACGACUCGGUUCACGUGCGACAACAGAGACAUUUAUAAGAAUGUGAUCAACCUCUAUUGGACCCUGAGAGUUGAUGAACUCAAAGUAUCUAUGAGCAUCGUCCGUGUUCAUUAGCCACCUGCGAUGAGGCAGUUUAUCUUCUUUUUUUAAAGCAAGGACGAUCAGAACUAAAGGCCAUGAACUAUCGGAUGCAUUGUAAUCAAUGAAAGUGAUAUGAAAGUACAGCCAAUGAUCAAUAUGUCAAUUAGAGAUGAGACGUUGUUGCUACUGAACUUCUCUUGCUAGCGUUCGACUCGAGUCGACGAUACAGAUCGAGUGCCAAUGAGGUAUGAUCUCUGAGAAUUAUACCUCUUUAUCUUUGACUCUAUAUAUAUGGUAUUGUUUUACAGUAAAGUAUAUGUAGAGCAGUGUGGAACAUCAGAUAAAUGAUCAAAACAUAACGUGUUACAGGGAAGAGCUCACUUCUCUGGAGAGAUGGCGAUAUUUUUUUACUUAAUUUUUUGCUGUAUAUAACAUAAGCUACAGAAAUGAACUAUCAACUCCACUGAAACCUCUGUACUGCAUUUAUUUAUAUGUUUAUUGGAGUACACAGUAACUAUGUGGUAUUAUCUGCAACGACAAAAAAGAAAAAAUAUAGAUAUAUAUACUCGUCAAAACUACAACUCAGUCCAGUAUGAAGGACCAGCAUCUCCACUGGUAGAGUAGAUAUGGAACUUUUAUUGUUCGCUCAUCAUCGACCCUGACUUGUCCUCUUCCCCAUCCAAUGACAGACCAGUAGAAGCAGAGGUUUCAGACAUUGACAUAUUUUGAACGUCUAUAUUCAACUUUUGUAUGUAACUAUUUCAAAUGGACAUAUAUAUAUAUAAAUAUAUUUUUAUAUAUAUAAAGAUAUGUGUAUAUAUUUAUAUGUAUUUAUAUAAAUAUAUAUAUAAAUAUUUAUAUGUAUUAAUAUAAAUAUAUAUAUAAAUAUUGAUAGAUAGAUUUAUAUAUAUAUAUAUGAUAUCAAUGAAAAGUAACAAUAUUGUCACUAAAUUCAUUCUUCAAGGUUUUUCUUGUUUCCUCUGGUGCUGUACCUUCAGUCCAUUCCAUGAACACUUCAGCCCGACAUCAGUAACACGCUAAGAAGCUCAAAAGAGAAGUUCGACAUUUCUGUGAAAUAUGCCUUUAUUGUUUCUUGCUUAUGAGUCAGUUUGUCUAAAUGCUAAGCUACGCUAACUAUCUCGUGGCUGUGGCUUCGUAUUUAUUGUGAGAGGGAUAGAGGAACUGAUAUCCAUCAGCAAGAAAGCCACUCGGCUUAUUUCCCACAACAACAAAAAAUAUAUAUACAUAGAAGAAAAUAAUAAUAAUCUCAAUUCAUUCAUUUCCAUUCCAAAAUGACAAAACUGUGGCGCUUUUCCCUUCGUUUCUUCCUGUGAGAACAGAAGUUAAACUCUAAAGCUUCAGUCAGAGGAGGCAGACGGAUGCUCAACAAAACGCCUGAUAAGUGAUAAUUAAAUCAUUUUAUUUCAGCGAUAUUUAACUGCUCCGUUCAAAUCUGCCCACGGUUUGUUUGCGUUUUCUGAACAUUCUUCAGCCCGUCAUCCUUCUCUUGAUAACGGAUCUUUGGCGUGAGUGAGCGCCACGCAGAGAGUUGUGAUCAGCUAUCAUGUUGUUUCUUUAAGAGGCUACGAUCAGUUAAUGAAGAUGAAGAAGAAGCGCGUCCUGCGUGUUCCUGCGUGUGGACGAGGCGCUCGGCUCCAGAGCUUCCUGUCUGUAAAUAUUCUGUCUGCUUCACACAAACACUCACACGUCAUCCUGAGGAGAAAUACCACCGAGGAAGAAGUGUGUGUGUAGGGGGGAGGGGGGGGGGUCCUUGUAGGGGUAAUAGAAAUGUGUGACUUCUGUGUUUUAUAUUUUUAUAAUAAAGAUUUUAUGAAAAUGUG